AUGACUGCCCAGGAGGUGCGUCUGUGUGGUCUCCUGCUGCGGGAGCACUUUGGAGAAGUGGUGGAGAAAGUGGGAACACACCUGCUCAAAGGUGGAGCACAGAACUUAAGAACCAUAAUUCAUGAGACUGGCAUCUCACUGGACCUGGUAAAGAAGUCCCUGUGUGUGCUUGUGCAGCAUGGGGCCUGUGUGUUCCGCUCAGGUCGUAAAGGAGCUGGGAGCCCCGCAGAGUAUCAGACAUGUUGUGAUCGGAUUCUGAGAAUUUUGCGCUACCCGCGCUACAUCUACACCGCCAAAACCCUGUAUGGUGACACCGGAGAGCUAAUCAUAGAGGAGUUACUACAGAGAGGUCACAUGACCAUGAGUGGCACGAUUAAGACAGUCGCCGACCGCCUCACACAGAACAUGGAAGAGGGUCGUAGCAUGGAUUACAGUGAAGUGUCAUCUGCCUUCUUCAGACUGGUGGAGACCCAUUUUCUUCAGCGCUGCCCUCCUCUAGCAGGAGCGGAACCAAAAGACAGUUCCACUCCAGCUGCCCCUGGUACCCCUGCUGCCCCCGUUAGCACUGCUCCACCAACACCAGAGAGCUUCCCCGACUGUUACAAGGUGCCUCAUGUGACACUCGUAGGGCGAGGCAAACGGCAACUCGCCAGUGAAGAUGGAGAGGACCAAAGGAAUGCAAAGAAGGCUAAAAUGGAUUCCCAGACACAUGGUGAUGAAGGAAUUUGCUGGCAGGUGAAUUUUGAGAGGUUCCAUCUUCACUUCAGAGACCAGGCCAUCAUCAGUGCUGUAGCCAACAAACUGGACCAGACUAGCAGUGAGAUAGUGAGGACUAUGUUGAGGAUGAGUGAGGUGACGACCUCACCCACAGCCACCUGCACAAAGCCCCUCUCAGCCAAUGAGAUCUUCAGGUCCCUCCCGACCAGCUACAACAUCCCCAGACCCAUCUUAGACCAGUACCUCACGCUACUCAUUGAUGACCCGAUGGAGUUUGUGGGGAAGGCUGGUGAAAGUGGAGGAGGGAUGUACGUUGUCAAUAUGCACAGAGCGCUGGCCAAUCUGGCUCGGGCCACACUUGAGUCUGUAGUACAGGAGAGAUUUGGCUCCCGAUCAGCGCGCAUCUUCCGUCUGUUGCUAAGGAAACGUCACCUGGAGCAGAAGCAGGUGGAGGAUUUUGCAAUGAUUCCAGCCAAAGAAGCAAAAGACAUGCUCUACACACUGCUUUCACAGAACCUGGUCCAGCUACAGGAAAUCCCAAAGACUCCCGACUACGCUCCCUCUCGUACUUUCUAUCUUUACACGGUCAACCAACUCCCAACUGCAAGAAUGCUGCUUCAGAACUGCUACAAGACUGUAGCCAACCUUGUAGAGCGGCGCCUUUUUGAGUCCAAAGAGAGCAAGCGUCUGCUGGAGAAAUCCCAGCGAAUUGAGGCCAUUCUGGCAUCUCUGCAGGCCAGUGGCGCUGAGCCUGAGCAGCUGACAGAGGUUGAGGAGAUGAUAACUGCUCCUGAAAAGCAACAGCUGGAGGCCUUACGGCUCCAUAUUAACAAGUUAGAUUCAGCAGAGAACCAGGUAGAUGAAACUAUCUUUCUUUUAGAGUCCUACAUCAACUCCACCACAUCCACAAGUUAAGAGCAUAAGUACAAGCAUUACAACUCCAUUUCCAUUACUUUGUGUAUGAAUGCAUCAAAUCAAUAAAUUGAGCAGAAGAAUACUUAUUUUUUGUUAAACUAAAUUAACUUUUUUUUAAUUUAAUCGAAAAACAAACACAAACCUGUAUGACAAACAUAGGACAGAGUGAUUGUUUGAAAUGUAAAACCUUGAAGAUGUCUGAAUAUUAAAUAGAAGAAUUGUGGUUUAAUA